AUGGCAACAAACAUGGAGGAAGAACUUGUGAAAACCCGCAUCUGUAUGAUUUCUGAUACCCACACAUGUGCGCCGCUUCCUCCAGUAGAGAUGUCUACGCCGUACAGACGCCCCUUGCCUUCGGCUGACGUCCUGCUUCACGCUGGCGAUUUAACGUUCAUCGGCUUGCAAAAGGAACAUCAGUGUAUGGUCGACAUGCUGAAAGAGGCCGACGCAGAGCUGAAGAUUGUAAUCGCCGGGAAUCAUGACAUAACUCUUGAUCAAGAAUACUACAACACCUAUGGAGAAGCACGACACCGAGGGUCUAUUGAAGACGUUGCCAGGAUCCGAGAUUUAUACUGCGGGGAAGAAGCGAGGAGGCACGGCAUCGUUUACAUGGACGAGGGACUGCGGACAUUCAAACUGAAGAAUGGAGCUCAGUUUACAGUGUAUGCAAGUCCAUACCAGCCAGCCUUCUGCAACUGGGCAUUUGGAUACGAACACCAUGUUGAUCGUUUCAACACUUCCGCCGCUGAUGCCCCCUUCCAGGCUCCGAAUCCGGUUCCAUCUUUUCCUAACGUGCAUAUAAUGUUGACCCAUGGGCCGCCAGAGGGUAUCUUGGAUCUGGUUUCUGGAAAUAUGAACAUGUGGACCUUCCGCUGGCGCCAAAGGAGGAGCUUGACAAAUAAACUGAAAGAACUUGGCGAUUAUUCACGUAAAGUGAUAAAACCACUUUUCACGUUUAUUUACGUUACUGGUGGCAUUUCCCGUAUUCUAUUUUCUCUUGACAUAUUGAACGGAAUCACAGAUGGAAAUCUCAACCAUCACAACAUUCGUACCGAUCAAUGCCCAUCAACGAUGGAGGGAACCCUGCUAGAAGCUGUGGAAGAGGCCUGGGACACAUAUUUGAACCGUUGCACCGAAAAUGUAUCGAUGCUUACGCCCAACAUGAAAAUCAACGAAAGGGCUUUUAGCCUUGUGCCAUGUUUUGAGCAUGUGGAACGUUAUCCGGGGGAUCCUCUCAGAAAUCCAGAAUCGUUUUUACUCGCCAUCUACGAUCAAACGACGGCAGCGAACCCUCCGACCGGAGACAUUGAAAUAUCCGCCGAGUCAGGAGAGCCGGGAGUGAUAUUCAAUUAUCUGGCGAUCCAAAGGAAGGUCUACCGUCUUCGUCGGACAUUGUCCCUGGAGCAUAAGCGCGUUUUCGACGAUCUUACCAUGCUACGGACGCGAUACUUUGCGGCUUUCCUGAAACUAAUCAUAUGCCUUCCGCAGUACUACGACACGCGCGCAGAAAGAAUAAUGUUGGAAGAGGAGCAGAGAAUGAAAUUGCGCGGCGACUGGAAGUCAACGGGAAUGGGCUAA